GACCAAUGAGAAGUCACCGUGGCUUCACCUGGUUGUGGAACGUAGGCAGUCAUGGCGCCCCCCGUGAGGUACUGCAUUCCAGGCGAACGUCUGUGCAACUUGGAGGAAGCCAGCCCCGGUAGCGGUACCUACACCCGGCACGGCUACAUUUUUUCGUCGCUUGUCGGCUGCCUGACGAAGACCAGCGAGAACGGCGCGCUUCCUGUGGUAUCUGUGAUGCGAGAAACAGAGUCUCAGUUACUGCCAGAUGUAGGAGCUAUUGUCACUUGUAAGGUCUCUAGCAUCAAUUCACGUUUUGCCAAAGUGCAUAUCCUCUAUGUGGGGUCUACACCACUUAAGAAUUCUUUUCGAGGAACUAUUCGCAAAGAAGAUGUCCGAGCAACUGAAAAAGACAAGGUUGAAAUUUAUAAGAGUUUCCGUCCAGGUGACAUUGUCUUAGCUAAAGUGAUCUCCCUAGGAGAUGCACAGUCCAACUACCUGCUGACAACUGCCGAAAACGAGCUGGGAGUGGUGGUGGCCCACAGUGAAUCAGGUGUCCAGAUGGUUCCUAUCAGCUGGUGUGAGAUGCAGUGCCCUAAGACCCACACUAAAGAAUUCCGGAAAGUGGCCAGAGUACAGCCUGAAUUCUUGCAGACUUAAGUGUCUUUUACCCCAAGGAGGGGGGCAAGCCAUUUCCAAGGACACAUGUAUAAAAACAUCAAGAUGUUAUGGUCUAUAUUCAGUUGGCUAAGAUCAGCAACUACCUCAGAAGAAGCUGCCAGAAAUUUGUUCUAUACUUGGAACUCUUAUUCUUGUGAACAUCCUAGCCUAUUCUUUAAGUGUGACCAAGACAUUUUUUUAAACCAA